CUAGAGGACCUUGCUCUUUUUGAGCAAACUUUCUACUUUACCUAUUGUCUCUACUUAUUUUUAGGCCGAUCUCGAUGGUAAAGUUGGUAACACCACUUUAAUCUCGCAAAGAGACCGCGAUAGCCGCUCGAAAUGAGUGUCCUCCUAGGCCCGGUGUCAUCUGAGGGAGCUCAGGCGUGAUUAGUGAUUACCUGCAUAUAUUCUGUAUAGUGUAGCCGCGAUAAGCAUGGAGGGGCUUGUCGUCCCAAACCCAGUCCGAGCGAAUGCAGGUAGCCAAGCGAUCGAGAUCUCAUCGGCAUCCUACGUUGAUAGAGGGCUAUAAAAUGCAAUGGUCUUUAUAAUAAUAGUUUAUUAAAAUGACUUCUUAAAAAGUACAAGACCCUUGUUGAUCAUUUAUGCUUGGCACGUGAGCCUGUCUUCACCGGCGGAGUGCAAGAGUCAUCCCCUUCAUCAGCUCGGUCGACUUUCUGAACCCGCAACACAGAAUGGCUUGUGUUUGCUAUGGCCGCAACAACCCGUCUUCAGACUCUGUCUGUAGGUUGUGGCCUUCGACGUAACACACUUCUUCCGCGCAGUUGGGCGGGACGUCCGUUUUCCACAAGUCUUUGCAGCUUCACCACAUCUCAGAAUCCGCUUCCACCUCGAGCAAAUGAUGAAGUUGCUCGCCUUGCGGCCAGUCGACGGCGUCCCUUGACUCUUGCCGACUUGCUAAAGCACGGUCGGCCACCACUGUCGAAAGAUGCCCUCCUCGCCUCCGCAAACUUUACCCUCUCCCUCCUCCCCGCACGUCUAGCCUCCCGUAUCGAAGCCCUUCGAAACCUACCAUUCAUCGUCGUUGCGAACCCGCAUGUCUCGAAGAUCUACGGAAACUAUGUCCAUUCGUUGUCUACACUCCUCCCAUGGCAAAAGCGACAGGUCACGAACCUCGAGGAGGAGAACCAAUUCGCCGAGGUCCUAGCCGAUCUCGUCCAUACGCACGCCAAUACAAUCCCUAUUCUCGCGCGCGGUUUCCUCGAGUGCCGUAGGUACAUCGAUCCGAUGGAAGUGACUCGCUUUCUGGACACACACUUGCGGGCACGGAUUGGCACACGGUUAAUAGCGGAGCAGCAUCUGGCCCUCCAUUUUGCCUCGAAGCCUGUCGGGGGCACUACAGCUGAAGCGCAAGAGUCACGGGCGCACGCUGCGCCGUCGAACUAUAUUGGAGUCAUUGAUACUGCUCUGCAACCGGCCCGCAUUGUCAGGACAUGCGAGGAGUUCGUGGGCGAGAUCUGCGAGCUGAAGUACGGAGUUCGUCCGCGCUUGGAAAUUGAUGGGGAGCCAGAUGCAACUUUCGCCCAUGUUCCGGUGCAUAUCGAGUAUAUCCUCACGGAGCUUUUGAAGAAUGCGUUCAGGGCAGUCAUUGAAAGCGGCAAUGAACGGGAACCAAUCGAGGUGACUAUCGCUGCGGCACCAGAUGUCCCCAGCAGCUACUCACAUGAACCCCUCAUUAGGCCAUCGGAGGCUCAAGGCGCGCAGUCUGACAGCGAUGUUGGGUUUUACGUAGACACUGUGGUGGGCACUGCGGACGCGAAUGAGUCCAUCAAAUUUUCGACGCCCUCUUCACAAAGUAUCACAAUCCGGAUACGAGACCGAGGCGGCGGGAUAUCCCCUGAAGUCUUGCCGCAUAUCUGGUCAUACAGCUUCACCACAUUCUCCGAUUUGAAUAUGGGAGAGGGGGGCGGCUUAGAGGCUCUGAAUACAAUUUCAUCCAGCAGCGGUCAACUGAGUAGCAUCGCUGGACUCGGCUAUGGUCUUCCGCUGAGCAGAGCGUACGCGGAGUACUUUGGUGGUAGUAUUGCCGUGCAGAGUCUCUGGGGCUGGGGAACCGAUGUGUAUCUGACUCUACAGGGUGUAGGAAAGCUUGCAUAAGUCUUCAUCUAUAUAUUCCCCAUCCUCAUCAAUAGUCUUAAUAUACAAGCACAUAUCUGCCAGACUAACGAUAUAAACCAACUUCUUCCAGAAAGUCUCCGAUAUCGCGGAAAAAUACCCUCGGCACUUGCAUAAGCUUUUACAUCGAUGUAGUAUCACCUCCAACUUGUCCCACUGCAACACCCACGCAGCACAUCAUGAAUGGAUGUGGGGGUUCAACCCCGCAGCGGAAUUCCUGCGAGACCCAUCUCCGAUAUCUCAAGCUCAGGUCAGAACAUCCGCGCAUUCGAACCAAUUAUUCGGCUCUACGCCUGGUUCUCGGCUCGGAGAUGUGCCCGAACUUCUAGU